AUGCCGAUUAUGCUUUUCCUAGUGAAUCCACCUGGCAUUGCUGUUCUGGAUAAAAACAUGAGCCUGUUGACACAGGGUACAUUAUCAAACUUGUUCUCUGAGCGCCAUACGGGACAGGGUAGUUUAACUCGCCCUCAAUCUAGCGUCUUGCCCAAAGCUCUGGAUCUAUUUGAACUUGGGUUGCAGGACUUGAAACCUGAUGUCCACGACGGAAUGAUGACCAUCGAUCCCUGGCCGGCCCAUACAUCAAGUCGCUUCCGCGGCACGACUCAGGUUGCCAUGCCUAAAAACAAUCGACUUCUGUUCCAGCCAGAGAAGCAAUCAAAACAACAGCCCGCUUACAAGCCGAAAUUUCUCGAAAUUUUGGAGUCGAAAAUUGCCAAGGACAAAACUCGCUAUCAUGUGGACGACACGUCACCGAGUCCUCUGAAACUACAACCUCCUCAUAAACUCCUUGGCCAAACAAUCUGA